UGAGAUGAAUUAAUUAAAUUCAUUGAGGAAAAGUUACCUACUCGUCUCUUUCUUAUGUAUUGUUCACUAUAUUUGAACAGGGAGGAUGUAUCAGCCAAAGGAUUUUUCUUGUCCUCUGGUGCUGCUUCACUGCCACAGCUGUCUAAGGUGUUGGCAGGUGGAGAGGAUGCUUAUUUUGUUAUUUGUCAGAAUUGGCUAGGUGUUGCUGAUGGUGCUAGUUCAUGGUCACUUGAAGAGACAAGAGAUGGACUAUAUGCGCAUGAACUGUUGAGAAACUGUCAAAAGAUUGUUUCAGAGAGCAAAAGUCUUCUAGUUACCAACCCGGUUGAAAUUAUAUGUAGAAGUGCUGCUGAAUCACAAUCCCAUGGAUUGUCAACUAUCUUGGUUGCAUAUUUUGAUAAUCAGGCUGAACAGGUACUCCAUGUUGCCAAUAUUGGGGACUCAGGAUUCAUACUUUUGAGAAAUGGCACUGUCUUUCAAAUAUCUUCUCCAAUGUUUCAUGAUUUCAAUCUUCCUGUGCAAAUUAAGAGAGACGAUGAUCCCUCAGAAUUUUUAGAGGUAUACCAUGUUCACUUGGAUGAGGGUGACGUGCUUAUUACUGCAACUGAUGGGCUCUUUGACAAUCUAUACGAGCAAGAAAUUGCUUCCAUUGUCUCCAAGUCACUGCAAGAGAAUAUGCAGCCUCAGGAAAUAGCAGAAUUAUUGGCCAGAAAAGCACAAGUAGUUGGGAGUUCAGCAUCUGCUAGGAGUCCAUUUGCAGAUGCAGCCCAGGCAGCUGGAUAUACAGGAUACAGGGGUGGGAAGCUUGAUGAUGUAACUGUCAUUGUCUCAUUAGUUCAAAAGAAGUCUGUCUGAUUAUAAAAAAUGAAGCUUAUUUUUUUUCUUAAUUUGUUCCAAUUUGUACAUAAACAUCCUUUCCAACACAAUAAAUCAUGACUACGAUUUUGGGUUUUUGGCA